AUGGGUAGGGUGUGUGCUAUUAAAAAUUGUAAUAGUGGAAGUGCCGCUGAUAAAAAGCGACGGAGUCAAUUAAAUUUAAAAGGUCCAGGAUUUUUUAAAGUACCACAGUGUCCAAUAAAACGUCAGCAGUGGAUAGACUCGUUAAAAACAGAAUUAAAUGAUCGUCAGUAUGUUUGUGACUUGCAUUUUCAUAAUGAUGCAAUUCAAAAUUCUUAUCAUAUAAAUUUACCAAACGGUGAAAUAAAUAAAAUUACAAAAGCUUUGAAUGAGAUAUCAAGGAUGUCUCAAUUAAUACAUGAGCAACAUGAACAACAAAAGCAGCAGCAUCAAGCGAGUGGAGAAUACCAGGGUCAAUUGUUGGAUGAGAUAUCAGAGAAGCCUGAAUCACUACAGCAAUAUCAACAAAACCAGCAGCAGCAACAGCAGCAAGAAAUUGAAGAGAACCGAGAUCAAUCUUUGAAUCUGACAUCUGAGUUACUACCUGAACAAAAUCAGCAGCGGCGAGUAACCGAAGAACAAUUUCAUUUUGAUGACGUAAGAAUAGAAAACCAGGAACAGUCACAUCAGAUGAAUCAAGAAAUUGAAGAAAUCAAUAACAAUUUACCACAACAUAGAUUACCAGUGAAACAAAAAUUAGAAUAUCCUGAUGAAAUUGAGAAAUCAAAGCGGCAAAAAUAUUCUGAGCAUAUUGAUAUUAACCGCCAUAUAAAUUUUGAUAAUGAUGCUGAAAUUAUAACCAUCAUUACUGAACUGAACAAGUUGUUUCCAAUUGGUUGGAGCUUUUUACUUGGUAUUAAUAAAUUAAUAGCGAUUCAGUUUGAUCGUAUUAAAUUUAAAGAAAGACUGUGGUUGGUCCUGGAUGAAGAUAAAUCUGUAUCGGUAACAUUUUUAGAGAAUUAUGAAAAAAUAAUUGAUGUAGAAAUAAAAUCGGUCAAUGAUUUAAUUGAUUGUUUAAAAUCUAUGGAACAAAAAAUAUUAUGCACUGGAACUGGAUUUGAUAAAAAUAGGUACUCAUUGAAAUGUCAUGCUGACGUGACUGAUAAAUACAAACGUUAUUGUCAAGCUUGUCCAAGAUGUCAAGAAUGUCAAAAACUACGUUUAAACUUACAAAAAAAAGAAAAAGGUCGAAUCCUUAAUAGUAAGAACAAAAUGAAAAGAACUACUUCUAAAGCUACCAAUCUGGAACUCUAUAAAAAAACAAAACGUAUCCAACAACAGUGGAGAUCUGACGUUGCUGGAGAUCAUGCUCUCGUUUUCAUGUUUGUACCGUAUCGGGGAAAUUCUGCUCAACCUUUAGGAUGCUUCAUCACAAAAAACUGUAUAACUAGUGAAGUUCUUCAUAAGUUAUUUUUAGAAUGCAUUAUACUUGUAGAAAAUGCUGGUUUCCGUGUGAAUUCUCUAGUAACUGAUGCUGCUCAAUGGAAUCGAGGAGAUUGGACGAAAUUAGGAGUCGACACGAAUAAUAUUAGUUGUGAACAUCCGUGUGACUCUAGCCGCAGAUUAUAUAUGAUAUCAGACUUCCCACAUUUAUUAAAAUGUUUUCGAAACGGUUUGGUUGAGUUGGAUGAAUUUGAGACACCUGUAGGAGUGGUUAAAAAAAAAUAUUGGGAAAACCUUUUGCUGGUAGAGCAAUUUGAAAAACCUAAUUUGGCAAUGGCUUACAAAUUGACACCUGCCCAUUUAGAUCCUAAACUGUACCAAAAAAUGUCUGUUCCAAUGGCUUAUCAGGCCAUUUUAACUUUAUUGAAGUUUUUAGAAGAUUGGGAAAAAAUGUUUACUACCACAAAAACUCCUAAAGUAUCUACUCCAAAGAAAUCCAUUUCAGAAAAUUCAGUUUUAAAUGAAGAAAAUCCAAAUAACUCCGAUCCUAAAAUCCCAGUAUUAAAAAAAUCAACUCCGAGAAGCUCAGUACCAAAAAACUCAGUAUUAAAAAAAUCUACUCCGAGAAGCUCAACUCCAAAAAACUUAGUUUUAAAAAAAUCUACUCCGAGAAGCUCAACUCCAAAAAACUUAGUUUUAAAAAAAUCUACUCCGAGAAGCUCAACUCCAAAAAACUUAGUUUUAAAAAAAUCUACUCCGAGAAGCUCAACUCCAAAAAACUUAGUUUUAAAAAAAUCUACUCCGAGAAGCUCAACUCCAAAAAACUUAGUUUUAAAAAAAUCUACUCCGAGAAGCUCUACUCCAAAAAACUCAGUUUUAAAAAAAUCUACCCCGAAAAGUUUAACUCCGAAAAAUUCAGUAUUAAAAAAAUCUACCCCAAGAAGCUCAACUCCAACAAACUCAGUAUCAAACAAAACGACUCCAAAAUCCAAAUCAAAAAAAAAACUUUUCCCUAUAUCUUCUAGUUCUAUAUCGGGUUUUAAAGUAACGUUACGAGCAACUUUGGAAAUUUUAUCUGAGUUACACAAUGAUUAUGGAUACGAAUAUAUUCUAACAUCUCGGUUAACUCAAGAUAAUCUUGAGGCCAUUUUAACUUUAUUGAAGUUUUUAGAAGAUUGGGAAAAAAUGUUUACUACCACAAAAACUCCUAAAGUAUCUACUCCAAAGAAAUCCAUUUCAGAAAAUUCAGUUUUAAAUGAAGAAAAUCCAAAUAACUCCGAUCCUAAAAUCCCAGUAUUAAAAAAAUCAACUCCGAGAAGCUCAGUACCAAAAAACUCAGUAUUAAAAAAAUCUACUCCGAGAAGCUCAACUCCAAAAAACUUAGUUUUAAAAAAAUCUACUCCGAGAAGCUCUACUCCAAAAAACUCAGUUUUAAAAAAAUCUACCCCGAAAAGUUUAACUCCGAAAAAUUCAGUAUUAAAAAAAUCUUCCCCAAGAAGCUCAACUCCAACAAACUCAGUAUCAAACAAAACGACUCCAAAAUCCAAAUCAAAAAAAAAACUUUUCCCUAUAUUUUCUAGUUCUAUAUCGGGUUUUAAAGUAACGUUACGAGCAACUUUGGAAAUUUUAUCUAAGUUACACAAUGAUUAUGGAUACGAAUAUAUUCUAACAUCUCGGUUAACUCAAGAUAAUCUUGAGAGAUUGUUUUCUAUUAUGAGAUACAGUUGUGGUGCCAAUGAUCAUCCAACUCCUCAGCAGUUUGGUCAAGUUUUUCGUUUGUAUUGUUGCAAUGCCAUGAUUAAACCGCCAAAAGGUUCAAAUGUAACUAGAGUUGAAUUACUUCAAACUCUAAUGAAGACAAAGGACUCAUUGGAAAUGUCUUGUCAGCCGCGAAUGAAGUGGUUGGAAAAAAUUGACCAAAUGCUUGAGAACGCUGUACCACUUGAUGCAAUUUGGCAAGAUAAUUCAUGCAACAAUAACGAUGGCAGUGCUAUGAGUGAAAAUGACUUAAGUGAUACAAUUACAGAAUCAGAGCCAAAUACUUCUAUAACAGAGGAAUGCAUGCUUCAAGACCAUGAUUAUGACGUUGUGUCAACAAGCCGAGAAGUUCAGGCUUACAUGGCCGGUUAUAUCGUUAGAAAACUUAAAGCUAAGUGUAAGUGCCUAUUGUGCUUGAAAAGUCUUCAAUCGUCUAAUAAUGAAUCGCAUUGCCGGGACCGUUUCAUUGAUUUGAUGGAAAAGUAUGGAGGAUUAUCGCGAGCAAGUGACGGUUUAUUUCAAUUGACUGUGCAAUUAGAAGCUGCUUUUUUGGACGUUGUUGGUAGAGUGGGGCUGAGUCAUGGAAUUAUUUAUAAAAUAUUAAACCGAGUUGAGAAAAUUCUACCAACAUUAUCAUUAGUAGGGUGUGCAGUUCAUCAGCUUGAAAUCACCAAAGAAAUAAUUGAUUUUUACAUAACCAUAAGGCUGUAUUUUCUCGGUAGAACUUUUAACAAGAGAAAUCAGUUGAGAAGAGAAAAAAUUAAAACUCUGAAAAAAACUUCAAAACUAGUAACAUAA